CGAGUGUACACGGCAAAUUCGUCUAUGUAAUAGAAGUUUUUAUUGUUUCUUCCGUAUUUAAUCUGCCGGCAGGAACGGUGUAUUUAUUUGAGAGUGUGAAAAAAACCCCUCCAAACCAUCAUGCAGUCAUCGGUGAUGGAAAAGCUGGGCUUUCUGUACAAACCGUACGUGCUGGCCGUGCUGACGAUCGGCUACAUUGCGGGCGAGCUGGGCCACUACCUCAUCGGCGUCACCUCGAAAGCGACCGCCAUUGAGCUGAUCUACGGUGACCAGGCGUGCCAGCAGAACCACACCGAUUACCUACGCCACGAGCUACCGGCCCAGUGUGCCGAUUUUGUAAUCGAGCAUGAAUGUCAUCAGCAGCACAUCAACGGCACAGUGUACUGCGAGUGGAACUACAAUGGACUCGGUCUGGAGUAUCAGCUGCUGGCCGGUCCGAGUUUCAUCGCCGUGUUUACGGUGAUGGGAGUGGUGCUCGGUGUGGCCGCCGACCGGUACAACCGAGUCCGGAUGCUGUUCGUGUGUACGCUCGUGUUCGCCAUCGCUAUUCUGUUCCAGGGAACGGUCAAAGAGUACUGGCAUCUGAUCCUGCUGCGUAUGGUGAUGGCAGCCGGAGAGGCUGGUUGUAAUCCACUCGCUACCGGCAUUAUGUCUGACAUCUUCCCCGAGAGCAAACGGGCCCUCGUUAUGGCCAUCUUCAACUGGGGCAUCUACGGAGGGUACGGUAUCGCGUUCCCGGUCGGUCGCUACAUCACCAAGCUGGACAUCGGUGGACUGGGCUGGCGUGUGUGCUACUACGGAACCGGAGUGCUGGCCCUGAUCAUGGCGGUCCUCACCGGAACGACCCUGCGCGAACCGGAGCGCAAAAGUAUCGGCGAAGAUGCGAACGCCAAAGCGAAAAUUUCCCUUGUCAAGGUACUGACGCAACCGCGCGUCCUUCUGCUCAUGUUUGCCGCCUCCAUCCGUCACUCGGGUGGCAUGACGUUCGCGUACAAUGCCGACCUGUACUACAACAUCUACUUCCCGGACGUUGACCUGGGCUGGUGGCUGUUCGCCGUCACCAUCGGAAUCGGCAGUAUCGGCGUGGUCGUCGGUGGCAUCGUGUCGGACAAAUUUGUCGCUAAGAUGGGCAUCAAGUCCCGUGUGGCCUGCCUCGCCAUUAGCCAGCUCUUUGCCACACCGUUCGCGUUCGGUUCCGUGUACUUCGAACCACUCUGGGCGAUGAUCACUCUCGGAAUUAGCUACUUCUUCGCCGAAAUGUGGUUCGGAAUCGUGUUCGCCGUGCUGGUGGAGAUUGUCCCGCUGCAGGUCCGUUCGACCACGAUCGGAGUGUUCCUGUUCGUGAUGAACAACAUUGGUGGAAACCUGCCCAUCCUCGUCGACCCGCUGGCCAAGGCGAUCGGCUACCGCGGCUCGGUGAUGUUCUUCUAUGCCGGCUUCUACGGUAUCAGCACGGUGCUGUUCUUCAUCACGAUGUUCUUCAUGGACGGUCCGAAGCCGGACGCCCCCGCGAUCGAUCCGACCAGCCACACCAACCACGUCGAGAUGGGCCACGAAAACAACACCUUCCAGCCAGACGACUAUCUGCCGCCACCGCACACCAACGGCGCAAACGGACACCAUCGUAAUAUCGUCAGCGUACGACCGUCGGAAAGCAGUCGACUUUAAGAAAAACAAGCCGUAGCCAGCCAAGCUCGGGCAAAGCAAACCCCACGCCAACUACGAUUGUGGCACUUUGGGGGAUGCCUGUCCGACAACCACUCGCAAAGUACCUCUGUGCCUAGACUGUACAUGUUUUUUAUAAUGAUUAUUAAUAUUUUUAACACUAACGUUGGUGUAACGUGCAAACGAUGCUCCACGGGGGACCCGCGGAAGAUCCAACCUAGGAUACACAGCCAAAAUAGUGGUCUCCCACAGAAUCUCUGCGCGCACGGACUAUCUAUUGAUUAAGAUGUAAGAUAUUUAUACCCAUCGAUAUCGAUGAAGGUCACACACGCUCGACCUAAUUACGAAUCCCAAGUUCAGACAGACAAUGCCACAAGAGAACACUGAACGCUCGAAAUGCUUUUGAAGCACAUCUCAAGUCACGUGACUCAUGAGAUAUGCUAUAUCCUGAUGUGACGUUCUGCUACGAGAGUAAUGACAUACAGUAAUUGUACAUUUUACA